AAAAAAAAUAAAAAAUGAAACGAAAACAAAACAAAACCAAAUACAAUAAAUUAACAAUAUUUUGAGUCACACAUCAAAAGAAACGAUUUUCUGUAGGAAAAAAACCAAACAAAAUUCAUAAUCUGUCUAAACCUUCAAGAAAUCUAUAAUUGAAUCGAUGCAGAAAAAAGGUGCAAGAAUAAUAAUAAUAAUAAUAAUAAUAAUAACAACAAAAUAAGAGGAUACAGCUAUAUAAACUUUCUAUAUGCAUUACUGCUGCGUUGCUAUCGCAUCCAAAAUUUAUUAUUUUCUAUUACUUUUUUAACAAUGAAUUGCGAAAAAGUUUUCAUUUAAAUGAAACUGAUGUACGUAAGAAUAUCUAGGAUGAGGAGAGUAAUCAGUAAAUCAGUAAUAAAAUCACGAAGAAAUCUAUGCAACUUCUAUGGAAAUUAUUACGAAAUGUAAAUUCAUCAAAUAUGUGAGUAGAAACAAAAAUGCGCGUAUUUCCGCUUUCCGACAUCUAUCUAUAAAAUACUUUAUUAAAACUACGUAUAUAAAUAUUAAUUUAAAAUAGUAAAAAAGAAUAAAAACGUAUUCGAAAGAAAGAAUAGUCAUGUAAAAAAUUUAAAGCCAAUUAAAACUUAAAGUCGUUCAAAGCAAUAAGAAGAAGAAAGAGAGCGCGGAAUAAAAAAGAAAUAAUUAAAUAAAUCAAAAAAAAAAAAAAAAAAAAAAAAAAUCAUCCCCCUAAUCAACGUUACAACGAAAGCAAUACCUAACUGUGAAACACAAGAAAUUUUGGAAUAAAAAAUUUAAUAUUUAUAUUUUGUUUUAAAAUUGUGCCGGAAAAAUAUUUAUUCUGUUAAAAAUUAAAGUUUUGAAAUUUGUAAAAAACGCGAAAUAUCCUUCAAAAGGAUACUAUCAUUAUAGUGACGGUAGGCGAACAUGAAGAAAGGUUGUAUUCUAAUAGAAUAAAAAAAAACAAAAAGCAGAUUUCCAACAAAAAAAAAAAGAGAAAAAUAAUAAUAAAAAUAAAUAAUUAAAUAAACAAAUAAAAAGAGUAAAAACAAAAAAAAAACAGAAAACUACAAUACUGAAGCAUUAAAUACCACAAAAAUGUCUGUGGAGUCUAUAGCGGCUUCAAGUAAAAUUGUUUUAGCAAAAAGUUCUGCUGCCUCAGCAUAUACAUCCGCCAACGCCAACAAUACUAGCAACACUCAUGGCAACACUUUGUGUAUUCCACAUGCAAUACGUUAUGGCGAAAGUCAGACAGUAAACCAACAACAGCACCAACAUAAUGCCAUCGUUAACCAAGGACGACGUUCGCAAAAUGCAAAAUAUUUACACCAACACUUAAAUGAUGAACAAAGUGGCCAUCAAGAGCAACAUCGACACCAACAGCAACCGGAAAUUGUACAUGAGUCAAGAAAUCAAACGGCUACAACAACAAUAUGUGUUGUUAAAAAAUCAUUAGACCAACCCAAUGGCAACAGACGCAUCAAUACAGUGACUAUUGCGGAAGAGAGCAAGAUUACGUUUAACAACAAAAACAGCAAAAUUACCCCAUCACAUGAAAGAUCGGCAACUGAGUUAGUAGCAAGGCAGCCCCUACCUCCACCACCACCUGUAAGCGACGACGAUGACGAAAUUCUAUGUGAACAUUUGGAGUGGUCAGCUGCUCAAUCAUUGGUUGAGAUGAAUGCCAAAGAUAAACAACGUCGUCAUAGCAAUAAUAAUUGCCACAGCAACAUGAGCAUUUUCAGAAAUAACAACGACAGCAACAUUAACACCAAAAAUCAUAUACAACAUUUACCUACAGCAAAGACCAAUAUUUACGGUGCCUCUACCAAUACAGAACCACAGAUUAUUAGGGCAACAAGCGAUCAUAACCGUCAUCAGAAAAGUAGCCAGGAAACUUUUAAAGUUUCCGGUCGAAGUCCCACGGAGGAUGGUAAAGUUAUAUUUUAUGCUCCACCAGCCGGUGGCUUGAGCUCGAAUAGUAAUCGUCAUAUGCAACAAAAUAAUCAAAAAUCAGUAAUUAAAAGUGAUUUCUCUAUACCGGCUAACAUCUAUCGAGAACGCAGCAUCGAAGAAACUGAAGCUGCUCAUGAUCUAUUAUCACUUUCGCAAAGCUUACCGCCUUUAACUCCUCCUUGUGUAGUAACCAUUAUGCAUCAGAAUUCCAUCUCAUCGUCGGCAUCAUCGUCAUCUAUCGUUGCAUCGGUACCAACCGCAUCCGCCUCAAGUCCACCUAUACUGGUAAAAACUCAUAUGCAAGAAAUAUCCAGUUCUUCCAAUCACCAGCACAAUCACAACAUUAAUAAACAUAAUCUACUGCAUAACGUUAAUAAUAUGAAUAUUUAUGUGGAUACAGCAGAUCAUCAUAGUCAACAGCCUUCAAAAAUACGUUACAUUAGCAGUGUGUAUGACGGCCAGACAGCAGUCAGCACAAAUGCGGGCAAUUGUUCACCUUUGACGCCCCCCAACUCCGAUCAUUCGUCUGAUAUAGAUAUUGAUAUGUCCUCCUCUUCAGAGUCCGGUCAAUCGAAUCAUCAUCAGCCAUCGAUGCAAUUAUGGAAAUACACUAUGAAUAUAGUGGACGGCCGUACAAAAGCCUGUAAAAAGAAAGAAGAGCAGCUGGGCAAAGCCGAAUCAACUAAAAAGAAACGUGGCUGUUAUAAAUGUUCCGAGUGCGGCAAGCAAUACGCAACUUCUAGUAAUCUAUCGCGUCAUAAACAAACGCAUCGUUCAUUAGACUCUCAAUCGGCGAAGAAAUGCAAUACCUGCGGCAAAGCGUACGUCUCAAUGCCCGCCUUGGCAAUGCAUUUGCUAACGCACAAACUUUCGCACAGCUGCGAUAUUUGCGGCAAACUAUUCUCACGGCCCUGGCUCUUACAAGGUCAUCUACGUUCUCACACUGGCGAAAAGCCAUAUGCCUGUGUUCAGUGCGGUAAAGCGUUUGCCGAUCGUUCGAAUUUAAGGGCACAUAUGCAAACUCAUUCGAUAGAUAAAAAUUUCGCAUGCAAAAGAUGCAACAAAACAUUCGCAUUAAAAUCAUAUUUAAACAAACAUUUAGAAUCGGCCUGCGUUAAAGAGCCGCACAAUGAAGCGCCACACAAAACUAAUAAAAUUCUGAUUGAAAGAGACGAUGAGGAGAAACGUGAAUCUGGCGAGCUCACUGAUGCUUUACUUAAUAGCAGUGAUGAGAACGACGAAGAUAUUAUUGUAGCUUAAAAGAAUAAGGAGACUAAAGAAAAUUAAGUAAGAAACAUUAAAAAAAAAAAAAAAAAAAAAA